AUGAUUGAUUGCGCCAAAUCGAACCCCACAAUCGACCUUAAUUACGCGUUUCAGUGUGGCACAUAUCUCGAGUCCAGCGGCAACACACGAACGAGGCUACUCGUAUCCAGUCAGCGCUCGCCAGUGCGUCGCUUCAAAGAGCUCAUCAUACUCUUAAGCAAUACGAAUAAUGGAUGGUCGAUCAAGAUACGGGUGCCGGGCGUGUACUACAUAAACCUAAGCUCCGACUUUGAUCUCUCGAACUGCAUGUUCUGUGGUACAUAG